UCCUGUUGCUGGUUUGGCUUCUUUAGAAGGGGAGAUAAGAAAGCAGCGCGUGAGAGAGAGAGAACACAAGAAAGAACAGAAUAAAGAACGUGAUAAGAGUUGAGACCACAGGACCGUUGGCCUACACUUCCUCAUCGAGAGUAAAAACCGUGAACAAGAGAAAACAAGUAACUGUCUCCUGCAUCGUAUCGGUCUACAUAUGCUCCUGUUCAGUAUUUCAUCUACGGACCGUCUACUGAGGAGGCCUGCAGGAUUUUAUCUCAGCAAUUUUACCAACUAGCCAAGCCAAGCCAACACUCUUCUGAGAGGUCUAGCCACUGCGCUGGAGUGAGCAACUAGUUAGCUAGCCAGCUAUUUAAUUUAGCCAGUUUAGUCACUGUGCUGUCAUUCAGCCAUGCGGUUAAAAGUCAGUCAUCCUCAGAAGGACCUGUGAAAGACCACGGACACAGAAAAGGACAGAGGGGGGGGAAAGGUUUGGAUACAACUCACUCUGCUCUGGAACUUAUGAAACACAGGACCUGUGAUUUGACACCUAUAACUUAUAUCUGGUGCUCUGGAACCUAAAACUUAGAACGUGUGGUGUGAAACUGUUGGACAUCUAACGUGGAAUGCUAGGAUGAUGACAUCGUAGAGCUGCUAUCAGAGUCUUCUGGGAUGUCUGCCAUGCUGCAACAGACGGAACUCAUCUUUGAGUUUGCCAGCGACCGCGUGAACAAUGGACUACAGCUGGAUGAGCACUUGGCCUCUCCUGCAGUGAUAGUGGAGCAGGUCCCACACUCCCACCUGCUCUCCUACUCAGGCCUGGCCUGUGAGCAGACACACACAGACAACCACCUACUAACAACAGUGGAGGGCAGUGAGAGUGGAGAUGAGGAAACCAUGGAAACACUGGUGGCAGCUGAGACUCUCCUCAACAUGGACUCCCCCGACUCCCUCUCUCUGGACCAACAGCACUACACUCAGCUGGGUGAUGUCAUCACUUCGCCUGUUACCCACCAGUUGACGGUGUCAGUAGAGGGCAUUGUGGGAGCUCUGGGCCAGCCCCAGUGGGUCACGCUGCAGAGGGAGACUGUUGCCGAGCAACCGAAGAAGAGAGUUAAGAAAUCCAAAAGGCCUGAAUCCCCCACGCCGGACAUCAUAUUCAAGAGGGGAAAAUACAGCAAAGGUACACACACACACAGCAUACACACACAACAGAACACUCAAUCUCACCUCUCCUUCGCCUGUGUUUCAGGUAAUACAAUGUAUCUGUGGCAGUUCCUGAUUGAGCUUCUUCAAGACCGACAGGCCUGCCCCCGCUACAUCAAAUGGACCAAUCGGCAUGCAGGGAUCUUUAAGCUGGUCAACUCUAAGGCCGUAGCCCGACUCUGGGGCAAACACAAAAACAAACCAGACAUGAACUAUGAGACCAUGGGCCGAGCUCUCAGGUACUACUACCAGCGUGGGAUCCUGAACAAGGUGGAGGGCCAGAGGCUGGUGUACCAGUUUGCUUCCCUGCCCAAGGACAUAGUCUUCAUCAGUGAUGAUGAAGACCAGGAGGACCAAGCCAAUCAUGAGGACAAUGAUGAGGAAGGCGUCCCAGAUGACCCAGAGGAAAGCCCGCCCUCCAGCGACCAAUCCCUGGACGAUUUAGGGUCCUACGAGCAUUCUUUCCCUCCCCCUCCCCCCUCCUCUAGACCAGGCUACCAGAGGUCCAGACAGACCAGCAGUAGUCCAGCAACAGCCCAGCGGCGCCAACCCAGCCCAAAAUCCAAUUCCCGAUCCCCAGCCCCUUCCCCGGCCCAGUGCAAAACAGUCAUUCGACCACCAGGAGGCAGUCUGAUCCAGCAGCAGCACCUGCCUAUAGUCUCAGCUGAGAUGCUGCGGACCCUGCAGAACGUGCAGUCUCUGCAGCCUGGUCACCACGGGUCGGUCUUCAGAACCGCUCAGCUGUUGGGGAGUCUGUGUGAGAGACAGGCUGCUAGUGGAGGACAGACCACCAGUCAGUAACUUUGCAGUUACAGCCCCUGACCUACCCUGUCAAGCAGGGGAAGCUAGAGGUUAAGACGGAGGAGGACCCAGACUCAGGACUGACCGCGGACUAGAAUGCCCCAAGACAUCUGGUCGCUGUCAUCUCCUCAUAGUCAAGACAACUAUAGAGGACAGUGAUUGAAAAGGGAGACCUCAGAGAACGAUGAUGGACAGUUGUGAUGUAAAUGUGAUAUAUUUUACAGAUGUGACAGAUCUGGAUGGUCUUUGUCUCUCACUCUUACAUUCCCUUAUGCACCAGAGCCAUUUUUACAGAGAGUUAACCAAACUGUCCUCCGUGUUGGCACCAAACACUCAAUGUCGAUAACAUUCUAAUAGGCAUUCUAAGUAGAAUGUCAUUGUCUUACAACUCUUGGUACCAACGUGGUGGCCAUUCGAAUUCUCUACCAAAGACAUGCACUGGAAUCCACAGCCACUCUGCAGAACAUCCUGCACUGCUCUCUCUGUUUGCACUUCAGCUCCACUGUAUGCAUGGGAGCUUGCACACUGUUCUCUUUCUAUGUUUUUUCCUCUGCCAUGAUCAAAGCUUUGUACUAUUGUUAACUUUUCAUGUACCAUUUCUUUGUCCCCACUCUUACUCUCACCUACCAAAGUGCCUCAAAUAUUCAAACAAUUCUGUUCCAGCUUUCAACAAAGACAGUCUUAAUCUGUAGCACGCUAGCUACUGCAUAUUGCUCCUAAACAUUGUUUUAUGUGUGUGUCACUUGUUGAUCUUCAACGCAAACACACACUCUCACACUGUCACCCACAACAGUAGAAGACACACCAUAAGUGCUUGAGGUAAACAUGUCGUAGCUGAUAUGUUCAGGAAAUACAUUCCAUAGAGAUUAUUAUGACUUUACAAUAACGGUUACAGGCUUUCGGUUAAGUUCAUGAUUAAGAAAAUAAUGCAAAUCUAAAUCAAAAAGGAUUUUCUGUUUAAAUUUUACAGCAGUACUGUUGGCUUUACUGCUUAAUCUCAAUGUUGACAGGGUGGCUGAUGAUAACUUCUCUCAGGCUUUUUGGAGAGCGUGAAAGUACUUCUGCCGGAGUCAGUCAUUUUCUAUUGACACUGAUCUAAAGUCAGUUUUGUGGUGUUCCCUGGUAAUGAUUUGGGGAUGGUAAACUGAUCCUAAAUGUGCCCCUAUGCCCUUCUACCCAGUGCCCUUCUGCCAGAUGGUCCUGUUAGCAUUCCUGAUAAGCUGUAGUAGCUAUGACUGUGCUUUCAUGGACCAUAUAUGCCUUGAUUUUUUUUAUGUGUGUGUAUAUGUAUAUAUUUAUGCUUUUCUGUCAGUUGUCGCUCAGGUUUGUAUGCCUUUUUAUUUCUGCACACACACACAGUGUAUAUAUAUAUAUAUGGUCCCAGUUCCAAAAUGUUCUAACUCAUCUAUGCAAAGAAGUAAGAUGAUGUUGCCCAUUUGGCCUAGACUCUGAUCUAUGGUUAGUUUUGCUGAUCCUAUGAGGAUCCUCUACCUAAUGCCUUGCAAAGCCAUAAGACCUAGGCUCCUAAUAAAAAGCAUGUUUUUCACAUGCAAUCUUUUCCUUUCAUAAUAUUGCCUUAUGCUUCUUUGCUUUAGCUGGAAGGCUCUGAUAUAUUUGUUAUUGUUAUAUUGUGUGAGGAAAUUAGUUAUAAUGUAAUUGUGGAGAUACUGUACCAUGCUUUUAUACUAUUAUUCAAUUUAUUGAUGUUCAUGCUGACGUUUUCAUGAAAUGUAUUAUACAGGAGUAGUUGAUGAAAGAGGAAUUAUUGUUUUCAUGAAAUAAAAGUUUUCAUUUUGAA